GGCAGACAGAAAUGCACGGGUUCUGAGGGUGUCAUUCUCAAGAGGGAAAAUGCCUAGGAUGAUGUGCUGUUGCAUCCAGUGGCCGUAUCCGGCUUGGGCGCAAAUCUGCCCACCAUCCCGGUCAAGCUACGACCUUCCCUACAGAGUAUGCUGCUGUACUUCGUACGUCGUACGCGAUGUACUGAUCUCCACGGCGCGAACCCAUCGUGUGGCCCGGAAACCCAGCGCCAAUCUUUGGGGAUGGGGUGGGUUGCACGACAUAGGUAGACCGUAGCAGCUAGGUAGCCAUUCUCCCACCCAUGCUGACAGCUGGUUCAGUCGGGGAAGGACA